UGUAGCCCCCAAUGCUUGCCAAACUCUUUUUCACCAGUGGCCGAUAUGAGUCCACAAAAAUGCAUUAAUUAUAACCUAUAUUUAUAGGUCCAAGACCAUUUUGUUUUCUCUUUACCUGGUCUACGUUGCUGACCGUCUAACUAGUAUUCUAGACUAGAUAUUAACUAUGGCGCAAGGAAGAGUACUUGUUUAUGGAGGCAAAGGAGCAUUGGGCUGCUCUGUUGUUAAAUAUUUAAAAAACAAGAGCUAUUGGGUUGGGUCUAUUGAUUUGAGUGGCAAUGAUGAAGCAGACGCCAAUGUUUUGGUCAAGCCAGAUGACCCAAUGCCUGUACAAGAGGCUAACGUUACAGCACAGAUCACACAGCUGCUUGGUGACAAGAAGCUUGAUGCUAUUUUGUGUGUUGCUGGUGGAUGGGCAGGUGGUAAUGCAAAAAAACUAGUGGAGCCAGCAGAAGCCAUGUGGAAACAGUCAGUGUGGCCUUCAGUCAUUACUGCCAGUCUUGCUUCCAAGUUUUUGAAAGAAGGUGGUUUAGUCACUCUCCCUGGAGCACUGGCAGCAUUGCAAGGAACACCAGGAAUGAUAGGUUAUGGCAUGGCCAAAGCAGCUGUGCACCAGUUAACCAAAAGUCUAGCUGGAGAAAACAGUGGCCUUCCUGCACAAGUUACUGUUCUAGCUACUUUACCCGUUACAUUAGACACUCCUAUGAACAGAAAAUGGAUGUCAUCAGCAGACUUUUCAACUUGGACAUCACUGGAGUUUGUCUCAGAACUGUUCUACAAAUGGCUCAAUGAGAAAGACCGUCCACCUUCUGGAAGUUUAGUCCAGCUGAUUACUAAGGACAAUAAAACUGAUGUUGUGUUGGCUUAACAUGAAAUAGAAAAAACAUUCCUACAAGCUUGAAUUAGAAAAAUAAUCAUCAAAUGAUUAGUUAGAUGUAGUCAGCAACUAAUCAAAUAAUGUCAGCAAUUAGAAGAUUUUUUAUUGGAUUGGAUUUGUAGAUAUACUGAUGAUAUUUCAUUGUUGUUAUUAUUUUUUUAACUGUAAAGAUCAUAUUAGUGUGUAGUUAAAAUAAAAAUGCUUUAGAUUCUAAUUCUGAAACCUUUAAGUAGGUUUAUAUAGCAUUUCAUUAUAUUAUUGUAUAACUUGGUUGAGGUAUAUACAUGUAUUUAUUUGGAUGUUAUCUUUUUAGCAAUUCUAUGUUGCAAUACUCUUUUGUUGAAUGCAUACAAUAAAACUCAAAAGACUAUAUACAUA